GGGCCUUUUCCGGCUUCCCGCCUCUGGGUGGGCGAGAGCGGAAUGUCUCCGUCCCACCCCUCUGGUUAGGGCCUCAGUGCAGAGCCCUCGGCGGCCGGAGAAGCAGCAGAAGCAGCAGCGGCAGCAACAGCGGCCACACGGUAGCCGUCCACCUGGGCUAGGAUCCUCGCCACGCCGCCUCCUUCCCAUUCUCCACUCCAGCUCCCAAGCCCAUAGGCCUUCGUUACUCCCGCGGCUCGAGAACCUUCCCGAGUAACCGCUGAUCCGGCGCAUCCUUCCUUCUCUAGUCGGCACCGAGAGAAGCCCCGGGUGGGGGUGGAUAGUGCGGGGGUGAGCGAAGCUUAGCGGCCGGCAUGAUGCGGCUCCGAGGCUCCGCGAUGCUACGGGAGUUGCUGCUGCAUCCGCCCGCCGCCGGGGCGGCUCUGAGGCGGGGACAGCCCCUCACCACGUUGUGCCGGCGCCCCCGAGCCGGGGUCCGGGCUGCCGCCGCGGCCCGAGAGCUGUUCCCCUGGCGGGGUGGAGGCGCCCGCCAGCCCGCGGCGCCCCUGGCCCGGGGGCUGUCGAGCUCCCACUCGGAAAUCUUGCAGGAGCUGGGAAAGGGGAGCGCCCAGCCCCAGGCAUCGCAGCCACAGCAGCCUUCGUCGAACUCCCCCAAGGACGGCUCCGGCGAGGCCAACGCCUAUGGCAACAGCGAGGGGAAGGAGCUGGCCGGGGGAGAAAAUAAAAUCAAACAGGGUCUUCUGCCUAGCUUGGAGGAUUUGCUGUUUUAUACCAUUGCAGAGGGGCAAGAAAAAAUACCAGUUCAUAAAUUCAUUACCGCACUGAAAUCUACAGGAUUGCGAACUUCUGAUCCAAGGUUGAAAGAGUGUAUGGAUAUGUUGAGAUUAACUCUUCAGACAACAUCAGAUGGUGUCAUGCUAGACAAAGAUCUUUUUAAAAAAUGUGUUCAAAGCAAUAUUGUGCUGCUUACACAGGCCUUUAGGAGAAAGUUUGUCAUUCCAGACUUUAUGUCAUUUACCUCACACAUUGAUGAAUUGUAUGAAAGUGCUAAAAAACAGUCUGGAGGAAAGGUUGCUGAUUACAUCCCUCAACUGGCCAAGUUCAGUCCAGAUUUGUGGGGAGUGUCAGUGUGUACAGUAGAUGGACAGAGGCAUUCUAUUGGAGAUACGAAAGUCCCCUUUUGUCUUCAGUCCUGUGUAAAGCCCUUGAAGUACGCCAUUGCUGUAAAUGACCUUGGAACAGAAUACGUGCAUCGAUAUGUUGGAAAAGAGCCCAGUGGAUUAAGAUUCAACAAACUCUUCCUGAAUGAAGAUGAUAGGCCUCAUAAUCCUAUGGUGAACGCUGGAGCAAUUGUUGUAACUUCAUUAAUAAAGCAAGGAGCUAAUAAUGCUGAAAAAUUUGACUAUGUAAUGCAGUUUUUGAAUAAGAUGGCUGGUAAUGAAUAUGUUGGAUUCAGUAAUGCCACGUUUCAAUCUGAACGAGAAAGUGGAGAUCGGAAUUUUGCGAUAGGAUAUUACUUAAAGGAGAAAAAGUGUUUUCCAGAAGGCACAGACAUGGUUGGUAUAUUAGACUUCUACUUCCAGUUAUGUUCCAUUGAAGUGACUUGUGAAUCAGCCAGUGUGAUGGCUUCCACAUUAGCUAAUGGUGGUUUCUGCCCAAUUACUGGUGAAAGAGUACUGAGCCCUGAAGCAGUUCGAAAUACACUAAGUUUGAUGCAUUCUUGUGGCAUGUAUGACUUCUCAGGUCAAUUUGCUUUCCAUGUUGGUCUUCCCGCAAAAUCUGGAGUUGCUGGGGGCAUUCUUUUAGUUGUUCCUAAUGUUAUGGGAAUGAUGUGCUGGUCUCCUCCAUUGGAUAAGAUGGGCAAUAGUGUUAAGGGAAUUCACUUCUGUCAUGAACUGGUUUCUUUGUGCAAUUUCCAUAACUAUGAUAAUUUGAGACACUUUGCAAAAAAACUUGAUCCUCGAAGAGAAGGUGGUGAUCAGAGGGUGAAGUCAGUGAUAAACCUCUUGUUUGCUGCAUAUACUGGAGAUGUGUCAGCCCUCCGAAGAUUUGCUUUGUCGGGUAUGGAUAUGGAACAGAGGGACUAUGAUUCUCGAACUGCAUUACAUGUUGCAGCUGCAGAAGGUCACGUGGAAGUAGUUAAAUUUUUGUUGGAAGCCUGCAAAGUGAAUCCUUUCCCCAAGGACAGGUGGAAUAACACCCCCAUGGAUGAAGCCCUGCACUUUGGACACCAUGAUGUGUUUAAAAUCCUUCAGGAAUACCAGGUUCAGUACACACCUCCAGGAGAUUCCAACGAUGGCAAAGAAAAUCAAACAGUCCAUAAGAAUCUGGAUGGAUUGUUAUAAUGGGGUCUCGAGCUUGAGCCUAAGAAUCGAAUCACUUAGCUAUUUAAUUGUGAAAAGUGAUUAUGAAGAGCGUGUGUACUUCCCUGGUAGUGAUGUAUAUUUUACAGAGUCUGUUAUCUCAGUGUUACUGGAGUUUUUUCUUCAUUGUAUGCAGAGGACAAAUCUGAUCUCUCUGGAAAAAAAAAAGAAAAAAUAGAAACAAAGCAGGAUCUCCCUUCAUAAUGUGAGCGAUAUUACCUCGUGCUGUAGAUAAUUUGAUGUAAAAAAACAAAAAUCACCAUUGCUCGCUUUACUGUGGUCUUUACAAUUUCUUUCUGUGUUGUGUGCAUUUGUGAUACUUGUUCUUUCUGAUGAGUAUGCAUUUUUAAACUGAAACCUUGUUUGUACAGUUGGCCCAAAUGAACAAGGCUGCCUCCAGGAGCAAAUGGAAGUGUUUUUUUUUUUUUUUCAAGAUAUCAGAUUUGAAAUGUGGGAAGAGUUCGGGUGUUUUUUAGACACUCUAUGCACUUAAGAUUGUAUGUUUUUCCAAUGUUUCCCACACACCCUACACCUACUUUGUGAUCUUAAAAGAGAAUAUCAGUUGAUGACUGUCAAUAAAUAGUGAAGGCUAAUUUUGAUUCGAUGUUAUCAGGGAUUUUAAAGUUUGUUUGGUGACCAAAAGAUCUAAGUAUGAAUGUAACUUUGGACCCUUUCAGAGGAUUCUUUUUUCAUAUCUUCCCGAGUCCAGCCUUUCUUUCUUUCUCCACAUUUAGCUGUCUUUGCUUCUUCUCUUGUACUUGGUAGUGGUGCUUCUAUACUAUGCAGUUUUGAUCUUUGCUACAUUAGUCAGGAAGGUUCUCAACCUUGGCCUUUUGCACAGUAGCUACAACUGUGCCUGUUCACUAUGAAAAACAAACCAGAGACAGAAUGAACCACUAAGCCAGGUCAACACCGGUGGAACUUAACAGAUUUGACAAUAUAACAGACUGACAUGAGGAUGCUGCUUGAAGGGCAUAUUUUUCUGCUUUUCGCCUAAAUUAAGUUCAGAAAGCUACCAAAGUCAUUGUGAUGAUGUGAUUUGCCAUAAAGUGACAUAUUUAUUAUUUAAACUUUCACCACAAAUCUGAAUCAAGAUAUUUGUUCAGUUUGGGGACCACUAGCAAACACUCCAAUCUUUUUUCUCAUUUGCCAUUGUGUGAGAUUUUUGGUGGUACUUGCAUUUCCUAAUGAAAGAAAAGACAACAAAAAAAAAGCCCAAACAAACAAAAAAAGGGAGCUGUGUGUCAAACAACAAAAAACCCACCCCACUUCAUUUCAUUAUAAGGCUGACACCCAUCCAUCCUCAUGUUUGGAGGGUAAAUAAAAAGGUUGUCCUAAGACGAAAGGAGACACUUUCGCUAGGAAUUAUCCAUGUACAUUCACCCUAGCAUCUGAAUGAAUGAGUAUCUUGGAGUUAGAUCAGGGAGAAGUGAAAUGAAGAACUUUGAUACUAAGUACAAAGAAUAGGCCACUUCAUGGAAGGUGCCCUUUGAAGUUGAAUUUUAAUCUAAUGAGUGAAAUCCUCAGCUACAUACACUGCAAUCAGUAAAAACAUUAGCAUGGCAUUUUUCAGUGUUUUCCCCCCAUUUUUCUCAGUCCAUUACAGCUUUCAAGCUUUCUAUAACCCAUGUUGCUGCCCCCACCCUCUUCAGCCAUCCUUCAGGGGCACCCAUUUUUGACUUCCAAUCUAAAGCAGCCUAAUUCAGCUGUCACCCUCGUAGUGGUCCUCACUGCUGCUGCUUCCAUAAUUGGGCUGUUGAAGUCUUUCUUCCUGACACACAAGCCUCUUAUAACCAGUCUUACUUCUUUCCCUGUCCUUAGGUCAGUGAAUGGCCACAUUCAGAGGUAUUAUUUGCACAGUGCUGUGUAGGAGAUAGCUCUUUGUUAGCCAAGAGAAAGUCUUGUCUGCUAAUUUUAUGGAAUUUGUGUAUAUGAUAAAUGUCUUUUGGGGAUAGAGAGAAAUUCGCUGGUUUACAUAUUAAAAUAACUAUGAACCUACUUUUCUCAAACAGCAGCAUGGUUUAGAUUAAUUAAAACUUCUCACAUGUGGGUUGAGCAGCUGAGCUACCUUCUAAUGCUCAAAUUCUGUGACUCAGAUUUAAAAUGAGUGCAACUUAACUACAGGAAGCAAAGAUCAUCCCUGAAACUCAGGCUUUCCUCUAGGAAACAAUGCUUCUAACUGGUGUUUGAGAACAAGAGUUAGUCUUAGUAUUUUCACCAAUGUUCAGAAGGUUUUGUAAAGCUUUCGUGUUCAUUUAGAGCACUGCACUGAUUCCUUCAUGCUGUUAUUUAUAAAUAUCUGCAAGUUAUUGGUUUGGCUGUUUAUCACUGGCUGGCACUGAUAAGUAGGUUUAGUUUCAGUGUUUGAUUUUUUUUCCUGUUAAAUUGCUGCCAUCUCUAUAUUCCAAAGACCCUUGUUUGUUUUCAGUAUCAUGUGUUUUCUGUAUGACAGAUAUGCUCAUGCUAGUUAAACCCUUUGUACCCCAAAUGUGCUAGUCUUAGUGUUACGUAUAUCAUCCUCGUGUGAAAAGUGUGUUAUCCUCCACUUUAAACCUUUAGCUUCAGAGCUGGACUACUAAUGACUAUUUGAUAUGACCAUCAGUGACUGGGACUGAGCGGCUCGAUGUUUGAUUUAGAUUCUUGGUGGGGAAUAUGCUGUGAUGAAUGUAUUUGUUUCUAGCAGUUUUCCCAUAAUGGAAUCUAACCUUAAAAUGACUUAAGUUGUAAGUGUUCAGAAAUUGGGAAAUAUUUAUUUUACAUGAAAUCAAAUAGUGUUGCUUUUUUCAGUAUAAUAAACAGGUAUACCAAAAAAAA